AUGCAGGCUAUCCGGAGCAAGAUCGAAAAAGACCUGAACAAGAAGCGAGGACAAGCUGCUCGUGCUCGCCAGACCCGAAAGGCACCACCAGGCACGGUUCUUGCACUCCGUCCGAACCAAGCUCUCCAGAUCAAGCCCAACACGACCGUGACAGAAGCAGCACAGUUGAUGGCCGCGAAACGAGAAGACUGCGUACUCGUAACAGACGACGAUGACAGGAUCGCUGGUAUUUUCACCGCAAAGGACUUGGCUUUCCGUGUCGUUGGAGCAGGUCUCAAGGCCAACAGUGUUACCAUCGCCGAGAUAAUGACUAAGAAUCCUCUCUGUGCCAAGACGGACACGAGCGCUACUGAUGCUUUGGAUUUGAUGGUGAGGAAAGGGUUUAGGCAUUUACCCGUCAUGGAUGAGAAUCAUGAUAUUUCUGGUAUUCUGGACAUAACGAAGUGCUUCUAUGAUGCUAUGGAGAAGCUGGAGCGCGCCUAUAGCUCGUCGAAGAAGUUGUAUGAUGCAUUGGAAGGUGUCCAGGCCGAACUUGGCUCGAGUCAGCCGCAGCAAAUCAUCCAGUAUGUGGAGGCUGUGAGGUUGAGGAUGUCGGGUCCAACUCUCGAGUCUGUGCUCAAUGGUCUGCCUCCGACGACUGUCUCUGUACGGACGAGCGUCAAGGAGGCAGCGCAGAUGAUGAAGGAGAAUCACACGACAGCUGUUCUGGUCCAAGACCAAGGACAAAUCACAGGUAUCUUCACCUCAAAGGAUGUGGUCCUACGUGUUAUUGCCGCUGGACUGGAUCCUGCUACGUGCAGUGUGAUCCGUGUGAUGACACCUCAUCCUGACUUUGCGCCUCUGGACAUGAGCAUUCAGCAGGCUCUACGCAAAAUGCACGACGGCCACUACCUCAACUUGCCCGUCAUGAACAAGGAGAAUGACGAGAUUGUUGGCAUGGUAGAUGUGCUGAAGCUCACUUAUGCUACACUUGACCAGAUCAACAGCAUGUCAACAGGCGACAACGAAGGUCCAGCCUGGAAUAAAUUCUGGAUGAGCAUGGACCAUGGCGACACCGAGUCUCAAAUGUCCGGCGAAGGCAGUAGCCACAUGCAACAGUCCGCUGACCCCCGCUCGUUGAUGAUGUCCCCUGAGCAUGGCCAUCGACCAGGAAUGGACCGGCUCGAUAGCGUCAUGCCAGGAGAUUCUGCUUCGCACAACGGUGCACAGGAAAUGGAUGAGCAAUCAACUUUCGCUGGCGCGGCGGAGGACCUCCCGUUCACAUUCAAAUUCAAGGCUCCAGGCGGUCGCGUGCAUCGUCUACAAAUCGUGGCAUCAGCCGGGCUAGCAGAGCUGGUAUCUUCCGUUGGCGACAAGUUAGGCAGCGAAGCCGACACAAUCGGUGGCAUUCCUACCUUCGAAGACGGCAAACGGAGCCACACCGGCUUCGCACUCGCGUACCUAGACAACGAAGGCGAUACCGUCUCCCUCACCACCGACGCCGAUCUCCUCGAAGCCAUCGCCUUGGCCCGACAAGCACAAAAGGACAAAGUCGACCUCUUCGUCCACGACCCGGAGAAGCCGGCCAUGUCCAUCACCGUCGACCCGCAACCGGCGCUCGCGCCUCCACCUACCCCACCAGAAAGCCAUGUCAGGCGCCGUAAGCAGUACGAAGAGGAGCGCGAGGAUGAGGCGGAGGAAGAGGAGAUGCCGCAUGUGAGCGAGCGGCGGAAGGAGAAGAAAGCGGUCGCUGCUCAGCCCAAGGCUCAAGAGCAGAUUAUCCAGGGUGUGCCGAACGAGAUGCUUAUACCCGGUGCUCUUGUCGCGCUAGGGAUUGUGGUCGUGAUUACCUUCGCGAUUGGCCGCGCGUCAAGCAGGUAA